AUGGUGCUCCGCCCCUCCGAUGAUUCGUACGACACCCUGAGGAACUGGGUGCAAUCUCAGCCGUUCGCCACAGAUACUCGAUCCACGAUUGUGACUCUCGGAAAGCGAGCCGAGCCGGGGAACGGAGAGACAAAGAACACAUUGCAGUACAGUCCAAACAACUUACGCAAGUCUUUUUGGUACAAAAGAAAGCUUCUUUGCCUGCGCGCUGUCCCAGAAGAAGGGUACUUGCAUCGUGAACGGUUUCUGCUCUCCUGCGUGGGUACGUCGAACGGAAUUCUGAAAGAAUUUCUUCACGAUUGCCAGGUCACGCUGGAGAAAGAAACGGAAAGCAAGACAGCAAUUUACAUGAACAGCGAUGACCGCUGGAAUCUCGCUACGCGGCGGGGUCAAAAGCGGUUAGAUACUGUCAUCCUUCCCGAGGACGUGAAAAAGGACUUCUUUGACGACAUUGCGGAGUACCUUGACCCAGUGGCCGUAGCUUGGUACGCCGAGCACGACCAGCUCUACCACCGUGGCUACUUGUUCUAUGGCGUGCCCGGAACUGGCAAAACAAGUCUCAGCUUGGCGGCUGCUGGACAGUUUGGUCUAGACGUCUACGCGAUGAACCUGUCCAAAGUCAACGAUGCGACACUGAGCGACCUAAUGCGCAAACUGCCAACACGAUGCAUCCUCCUCCUAGAGGACAUCGAUGCCAUCGAAAGCGCAAAGAGUCGUGAAAACAGCGAUGCUGGGUCGAGCACAAGCAGCAGCGUGACACUCUCUGGCCUUCUCAACGCGAUCGAUGGAGUAGGUUCCGUGGAGGGAAGAGCUUUGAUCAUGACAACUAACCAUGUUGAUCGCCUCGACCCGGCUGUCAUUCGACCAGGACGUGUGGACAAGAUGGUUGAGUUCGGGUUAGCAAGUCGAGAGAUGCUGCUGCGCUUGUUCCGAUACGUCUAUCUGCCCUUGUCUAGCAAGACCGAGAGAGUAGGAGACAAGAACGAAGGAGUCGUCAACAACCAAGACGCUCAGGAUACCCAGAAGCAUAUCCAGGAGCUGGCAGCGACGUUCGCUGAUCGUGUGCCUGCGAUGAAAUAUAGCCCGGCUCAGAUCUUGUCAUUUCUGAUUGCGCACAGGCAUUCGCCUCGAGACGCAGUGGAAAAUGUCAUCUCCUGGGUUGAAAAGGAGGGGGAAGGUUUCAUUCCUCUGAGGCGCCAGACUUCUACGAUAAACACGAUGGAAGAAGACCUGGAUGCAGAUGGUUUCGGUGCAACGCUUGGUAUGGAGCUUAUAGAGAAUAGCCAAUCGUUCACGAUGAUAGUAUAG